CCGGCCAGUCGUUUGACGCCUGCCGCGCGAGCGGGUGUCGCCGCGAGUGUCGCGCGUCAUGGUCGUCGCAUGACCGCUGGAUCCGAGGAUCACGCCGGCCGUGGAGCGCUCGCUGUGGGCCCCGGGCGGCGCGGGCAUGCGCUUCGAGGGCGGUGAGCGGCGCGACGCCGUCGCCUUCCACCCGCUGCUGGCGCCGCGGCCCAGCGACUUCUCCGUGUCGGCGCUGCUGACGGCUGGCGCUCUGCCGCCGCCGCCCUACCUGCCGGCCGCGCUGGCCGCCGCCGCCGCUCUGUCCGCGCCCUGUCCGCUGCUGAAACCGCCGCCGCCACCGUACGCACCGCUGCCUCCCGACGACGACGGGGUCAUCGACGACCCCAAAGUCACGCUCGAGGGGAAAGACCUCUGGGAGAAGUUCCACAAGCUGGGCACCGAGAUGGUGAUCACCAAAAGUGGCAGACAAAUGUUUCCCCAAAUGAAGUUCCGCGUAUCUGGAUUGGAUGCUAAAGCAAAAUAUAUUCUCCUCCUGGACAUCGUAGCCGCUGACGACUACCGAUAUAAAUUUCACAACAGACGUAUGUUUCCUGCCUACAAAGUUCGCGUUUCUGGUCUUGAUAAAAAAGCAAAAUACAUUUUGCUAAUGGACAUCGUAGCUGCCGACGAUUGCAGAUACAAAUUCCACAACAGUCGGUGGAUGGUAGCCGGCAAGGCUGAUCCAGAGAUGCCCAAGAGGAUGUACAUCCAUCCCGACUCGCCGUCUACAGGCGAGCAGUGGAUGCAGAAGGUCGUCUCCUUCCACAAGCUGAAGCUUACUAACAACAUCAGCGACAAACAUGGAUUCGAGCUCAUCUAUAGCCAAAGUCAACGGAUGUUGUCAAAGUUGCUGUGGCCCAAUCCAUCAGCUAGUGCGCCCAGAGACCCCCACUCAGACCAUUUGUGUGUCACGCAGACGAUCCUGAACUCAAUGCACAAGUAUCAGCCACGGUUCCACUUGGUGCGCGCCAACGACAUCCUCAAGCUGCCUUAUUCCACCUUCAGGACCUACGUCUUCAAGGAGACGGAGUUCAUAGCAGUCACAGCAUACCAGAAUGAAAAGAUAACCCAACUGAAGAUCGACAACAACCCGUUCGCGAAAGGAUUUAGAGACACCGGCGCUGGAAAGAGAGAAAAGAAUUUGUCCGUGUACCGCAGGCAGGCGCUGUUGACGGCGCGGUCGGACGCGCGUGAUGAUGAUGACGAGAGGCCUCUGGAUGUAGGAGGACCGUCCAGCCCGCCGCCGCCUCCCACCUGCUCCACAACAUCCUGGUUCAGUUCGAGCGGAGGUGUCGACUCUGGCGCUGAUGAGGCUGGUUCUGAUUCCUCGUGCUCUGGAGGUGGUCGUGCUCCAUCUCCUCCCGCUGGACCGUCAAGACCCUCGCCAGCACCGGACGUAUCACUCGGACCUCCCGUACAACCGCCCCUGCUGCCGUAUCUCUACCCGCCGUCGCUGUAUCCGCCGCCCUUCUUCCCUCACCACCAGAUGCCUCCGGGUCUGCUCUUCAACCUGCAUCCUCUUCUGCAGCAGUACUCUCUGCCCCCGCCACCGGCCCCACCGGUCCCAUCCCCCGCGCCCUCGAUUAGUAAGACUCACAGGUUCGCUCCGUAUGCCCUGCCAGGGUUAGGUUCCGCGUUCGAGCAGGUCGCUCCCCGGGCUCGCUCUCUCAGUUCGUCCCCAGCGCGGGUCGCCGGCGGGGGCUCGGGGGCCGGAGGUCGCUCGCCCCCUACGCGCGCGGCUUCCGCGGACCCUCCCGCGGAUGCGCCGUCUUCCACGACGUCCGCCACGCCGCCCUCAUCCGACCUUAAGAGCAUCGAGCGCAUGGUCAACGGCCUGGACGUGGAGCCUCAGGACUGACCGACCGCCUGUAUAUAGAGUGUAUUUAUAUCAAGCCCGCGGGCCUCGUUUUGUAUCGUUCCUAUUUUGUUUUUCUGUCGAGUUCUAUUCGGGUCGAUCGUAAUGUUUGUAAAUAGUUAAGCUUACACUAGAUGGUUGUUUAGAGUUCAUUGAUGUUCGUGAUUGACGAUCACCCAGUGACUUGCACGACCUCCCACACAUCCAUACACACAGCUAAACUAUCUAACCGUACCCCGGCAAGACGGACAUUUUGUUUCUUUAAAUUCUAAAGAUAUAUUUUUGAUACAUACAGUUACGAUUCUUUAAAUAAUAUUCAAUAUUAAAGUCUAUGGUGAGAUGGGAGCGUUCGAGGCAUUUUGUUUCGUGCAUAAUUAUUUUUUUUCUAUGUAUUACGUUACAACUACUUCUGUGUGUUGCUAUAUAGCGGGUGAGGAGUUGGACAGCUUGUAGCACAGAUUAUGCAAUGAGACGAGUGACGUCAUAUCCCGAACAAGUAGUAUGAUACACAAUAGUUACACAUUAGACACUCCACUGCAAUAGCAAUAGGUUUAGAUCACUUAUAUAUAUAAAUGAAAGGGGCUUUUAUUAUUUUUGGUUUUUAAUAACAAUUAUUAUUAUAAUAACGAGUUCAUUAUUUCAUGUAAAACUUGCAAAAUAAAUUAAACACAUGAACUUUUAUGUUAUUGUUAACAAAAUUUUCACGUCUUGUACUACGAUUGGUUGAAAUUGUUUCAAUUGAAUAUGAUCUUUCAAGUAAUUAGAAUGAUUCGGAACUAAAAAUAAGGUCCCUUUCAUUGAAAUUUCUCUAUUAAUUUGUUUUACCACUCUUUAAUAAUAAUACGAUAAAAUUUAAUAUUUACUUACUAUGUAAAUACAACUUAUAAGGUAUAUUUACGUGUUUACUAAUCAACAUAUUUUGAAAAUAUGUUUUGUCAAUUGUGCUGUGACAACAGUGUGCUUAGUUGUUUCUUUAAAUUUGUUUGAAAUUAAACAAAAAAAGGAAAAACAAAAGUAUUAUUACUGAUCUUCAUUUCAUAAAUUUAAAUUAAAUACUAAUAUAAUUAUUUUUAAAAUACUACCUACAUUCUUAUAUAAUUCGACGAAGGAGCAACUAAACUCACGCAGAAUAUAAGCGAUUGAUAAAAACCUAAUUGUAAGUUAAAAAUUGUAAUAUAUAGUUGAUAAUUAUUUAGUUAAAAUACAAAAUAUAUGAUUAUAAAUGAUUAUAAUUUUCCAUGAAAUUCAUUAUAAUUAAGCGCAUUAAUAAAAAAAAAUUUUACUAAAAUCCAUGUACGCCAUUUUAAGUUUCGAAAUGACAACACCGGUUUUUCAAUAUAACACAUUGUGGUAAAUAUUUUGAAAUUUAUAAUCAACAGGACACCGACGAUUACUUUGCUUUGUGAAGUUACAGAAACUAUUUAUUUGACAUCUGUAUUGAAACUAUUCAUUAAAAUAUAUAGAUAAACUAUUGACAAAAUCAAUAAA